AUGCCCAGUCAAGGGGCGCACCCCUGCACGCACAGGCUGCUGGCGCUCCCGUCUCGCUGCAAACGCCACCCGCGGGUCACCUCGCGGCAGAUGCGGCGUCCCCCGGGCGCCUUUCGCAGAGCAGCGGUGCAGAGCGCUGCCUCAAAUACAACACGCCUUCAGAAAAAAAAUAACUUUAUGAACGUGCUUAGAGAAUACUUCCAGAAUGAAGCUUCCCGGCCAUGGAACAGACCUGCCUGCAUCGUACCAAGGGGAAUCCUCUCUCAUUUUCUUCUGCGGGGCGGGGGAAGCAAACGCAUUUUAAGCGGCGGCGAUGACAAAGAGAAGACAUUCCGUUCCGCACCGCCCCACACGCACCCGCGGAACGCGCCCUUCCGGGGCGGGCGCGGCUCCGUCCCGUGCGCGGGGCGCUCCCGGCGGAAGCGGCGGCGCGGGGGGCGGGCGGCCGAGCUCUUCCGCUGGCUGCUGGCGCCGGUGGCGCCGGCGGAGUUCCUGGGGAAGCACUGGGAGCGGGCGCCGCUGCUGCUGCGGCGGGGCGACCCCGGCUACUACGCGGGGCUCUUCUCCACGGCCGACUUCGACGCCGCCUUGCGAGGAGGAGAGGUUCACUUCGGCACCCACCUGGAUGUGACCAGCUACGCCGAUGGAGUGCGGGAGACGCACAACCCCUCCGGCAGAGCCCUGCCCGCUGUCGUGUGGGACUUCUACCAGAACGGCUGCUCCCUGCGCCUCCUCUGCCCGCAGGCCUUCUCCCCCACCGUCUGGCACUUCCUCUCCAUCCUGCAGGAGCAGUUUGGCAGCAUGGCUGGGGCGAACACCUACCUCACGCCCCCGGGUACGCAGGGCUUUGCCCCCCACUAUGAUGACAUCGAGGCCUUUGUGCUGCAGCUGGAGGGGAAGAAGCACUGGCGUGUCUACAGCCCCCGAACAGAUGCUGAGGUGCUGCCCCAGUUCUCCAGCGCAAACCUCACGCAGGCUGAACUCGGCGAGCCUGUGCUGGAGACGGUGCUGGAGCCCGGGGACCUGCUGUACUUCCCCCGUGGCUUUAUCCACCAGGGUGAUUGUCUCCCUGAUGCGCAUUCGCUCCACAUCACUGUGUCUUCCUACCAGAGGAAUUCCUGGGGGGACUUUCUGGAGAAGCUCCUCCCAGCUGCCCUGCAGAUGGCCCUGGAGGAAGACCUAGAGUUCCGACGAGGGCUUCCCAUGGACUACCUGCAGUAUAUGGGGGUUGCCAACUCAGACACAGUUGAUGCUCGGCGAACAGCCUUUGUGGAGAAGGUGCAGAGCCUGAUAAAGAGACUCGUUGGCUAUGCACCCAUCGAUGCUGCUGUGGAUCAGAGAGCCAAGUCGUUUCUUCAUGACUGUCUCCCUCCAGUGCUCACACAAAGUGAAAAGGCACAGAGUGUCUAUGGCUUCCCGGCCCGCUGGCAAGACGGAGGCCCCUGCAAUGUUGAUAUCCUGAUAACAAAAGACACUGAAGUACGCCUGCUCUGUCAUGGCGUCAUUAGGCUGUGUAAUGAAGAAGCAGGUGUGAUGCUGUACUACACUACAGAAAACUCAAGAGUGUAUCAUAAGGAAGAACCCAAGUUCCUUGAGCUAGAUCCCGAAUAUACAGACAGUAUUGAAUUUCUCCUGUCUUCCUAUCCAAAUUACAUCAGUGUAGAUAAUCUUCCAUGUGAAACCUUGGAGGAAAAGAUUUCUCUAGCUACACUUCUGUUUGAGAAGGGUAUUCUGACUACAAAGAAGCCUCUGGCACAAGUCUAA